AUGGCUGCCAUUGCCAUGUCAGCGGCAUCGAAGUCUCACAGGUUCGUGGCACGGGAUUUCGCCAAUAUCGCGUGGGCCUUUGCCGUGCUUGUCCUGCCCGGCCAGCCCUUGUUGCGAGCCGCUGCGGCCGAAAUGCCGCUGAAGUUGCCGGAGGGCGACUCCCAGGCCAUUUCCAAUAGCGCUUGGGCCCUUACUACUUUGCUCUAUCACGGUGGUCCAGCCAUGAGUGCCAUCUCUGCAGCGGCGCUUGCUCACAUGAACGAGUUUGAUGAGCAGGGCUGUUCAACCAUGGCCUUUGCAUUUGCAGCUCUUGGUCCCGAACAUGAGCCCCUCCUCAACGCGAUUGCGACCCAAGGCCUUGCAGUUUGGGGCCGCGGCGAGCGCGUGCCCCAAUUCCGGCACCUCUUGGACACCUUGGGUGGCCUCGUUGAGGUGCCCACUUCGGGGCUCCCCUAUGAGGUGUGCCUCACAGCAACUUUUUGCGGAUGCAAUGGGGAAGGCGCCUGCGCUGAGCGCUCCAACGCGGCGACAUGGGGCCAGAAGCGUGGCAUGAAGGAUGUCAUCCAGCACAUCGAGGACAUUCAUGAUGUCCUUGACAAAGAGCAAGCUUCCGACAAGGAGCGGCAAAGAUAUUGCGAGACAAAGCUGCGGCGGGCAGAAAUGACCAAGAAGGACAAGGAGAGAGAUGCCGAGGAUGCCACAAGCAUCAUUGCCACAUUCCAGAAUGAGCUCGACACGGUGAUCGCGGAGAUCAACACCUUGGAAGGCCGCAUGAAGGACUUGGACGCGCAGGUGGCCGACGCAACCCAGGCCCGUCAGGCGGAGCGUGCUGCCUUCGAGAAGUCUCGCGAGACCAACAGCGCGGCCCUGGAGCUCAUGGAAGUGGCGCAGAAACGGAUCCAGCGGUUUUAUGCUGCCAGCUUCCUCCAGGAGCAGGAGAACGCCACAGAAUCCGCCAGGCUGGCCUCGCCGCCGGAGGCGGACCUGAGCUACCGCGCCCAGGGCGGGGCUUCUCAAGUGAUGCUCCUCUUUGGGAAGAUCAAGGCGGACAUCCAGAAGCAGACCAUGAUGCUGCAAUCUGAUGACGAAGUGGGGCAGUCCGAAUACGAAAACCUGGUGAAGAACAGCAACGAGAAGAAGAUGGCAGACAACAAAAGCCUUGGCGGGAAGCAGGCGGCCAAGGCGGAGCUGGAGGCGGACCUGCAGCAGGGCCGCGCGGAGCUCCGCUCGACGCAGCAGGUGCUGAAGGCCUUAGCGGAGGAAACCCGGAACCUGCAUGCUGAGUGCGACUUCCUUCUGAAGAAUUUCGAUCUGCGGGAGGAUGCCCGCCGCUCGGAGCGCCGGUCCCUCACCAGGGCAAAGUCUGUUCUGGAGGCUGCGGACGCCUAA